AUGCCUAAGAACAGCAAGGUGACCCAGCGUGAGCACAGCAGUGAGCAUGUCACUGAGUCGGUGGCCGACCUGCUGGCCCUUGAGGAGCCUGUGGACUAUAAGCAGAGCGUACUGAAUGUGGCCGGCGAGGCCGGCGGCAAGCAGAAGGCAGCAGAGGAGGAGCUGGAUGCCGAGGACCGGCCAGCCUGGAACAGCAAGCUGCAGUACAUUCUGGCCCAGAUUGGCUUCUCCGUGGGUCUGGGCAACAUCUGGAGGUUCCCCUACCUGUGCCAGAAAAAUGGAGGAGGUGCCUACCUGGUGCCCUACCUGGUGCUGCUGAUCAUCAUUGGCAUCCCACUCUUCUUCCUGGAGCUGGCUGUGGGCCAGAGGAUCCGCCGCGGCAGCAUCGGUGUGUGGCACUAUGUGUGCCCUCGCCUGGGGGGCAUUGGCUUCUCCAGCUGCAUAGUCUGCCUCUUUGUCGGGCUGUAUUAUAAUGUGAUCAUUGGGUGGAGCAUCUUCUAUUUCUUCAAGUCCUUCCAGUACCCACUACCCUGGAGUGAAUGUCCUGUCAUCAGGAAUGGGACCACAACAGUGCUGGAGGCAGAGUGUGAAAAGAGCUCAGCCACGACCUACUUCUGGUACCGAGAGGCCCUGGACAUCUCUGAUUCCAUCUCGGAGAGUGGGGGCCUCAACUGGAAGAUGACCCUGUGUCUCCUCGUGGCCUGGAGCAUUGUGGGCAUGGCCGUCGUCAAGGGCAUCCAGUCCUCAGGGAAGGUGAUGUAUUUCAGCUCUCUCUUCCCCUACGUGGUGCUGGCCUGCUUCCUGGUCCGGGGACUGCUGCUGCGAGGGGCAAUCGAUGGCAUCCUACACAUGUUCACUCCCAAGCUGGACAAGAUGCUGGACCCCCAGGUGUGGCGUGAAGCAGCCACCCAGGUCUUCUUCGCCCUGGGACUGGGCUUUGGUGGUGUCAUCGCCUUCUCUAGCUACAACAAGCAGGACAACAACUGCCACUUCGACGCUGCCCUGGUCUCCUUCAUCAACUUCUUCACCUCGGUGCUGGCCACCCUCGUGGUGUUUGCUGUGCUGGGCUUCAAGGCCAACAUCAUGAAUGAGAAGUGUGUGGUCGAGAAUGCCGAGAAAAUCCUGGGGUACCUCAAUACCAACGUCCUGAGCCGCGACCUCAUCCCACCGCACGUUAACUUCUCCCACCUGACGACAAAGGACUACAUGGAGAUGUACAAUGUCAUCAUGACCGUGAAGGAGGACCGGUUCUCAGCCCUGGGCCUCAACCCCUGCCUGCUGGAGGACGAGCUGGACAAGUCCGUACAGGGCACAGGCCUGGCCUUCAUCGCGUUCACCGAGGCCAUGACUCACUUCCCUGCGUCCCCGUUCUGGUCCGUCAUGUUCUUCCUGAUGCUCAUCAACCUGGGCCUGGGCAGCAUGAUUGGGACCAUGGCGGGCAUCACCACGCCCAUCAUCGACACCUUCAAGGUGCCCAAGGAGAUGUUCACAGUGGGCUGCUGUGUCUUUGCAUUCUUCGUGGGGCUGUUGUUCGUCCAGCGCUCCGGAAACUACUUUGUCACCAUGUUUGAUGACUACUCUGCCACCCUGCCGCUCACCGUCAUCGUCAUCCUCGAGAACAUCGCUGUGGCCUGGAUCUAUGGAACCAAGAAGUUCAUGCAGGAACUCACGGAGAUGCUGGGCUUCCGACCCUACCGCUUCUAUUUCUACAUGUGGAAGUUCGUGUCUCCACUGUGCAUGGCUGUGCUCACCACGGCCAGCAUCAUCCAGCUGGGGGUCACACCCCCGGGCUACAGCGCCUGGAUCAAGGAGGAGGCAGCCGAGCGCUACCUGUACUUUCCCAACUGGGCCAUGGCGCUCCUGAUCGCCCUCAUCGCCGUGGCGACGCUGCCCAUCCCUGUGGUGUUUAUCCUGCGCCACUUCCACCUGCUCUCCGAUGGCUCCAACACCCUCUCCGUGUCCUACAAGAAGGGCCGCAUGAUGAAGGACAUCUCCAACCUGGAGGAGAACGACGAGACGCGCUUCAUCCUCAGCAAGGUGCCCAGCGAGGCGCCCUCCCCCAUGCCCGCCCAUCGCUCCUACCUGGGGCCCGGCAGCACGUCGCCCCUGGAGGCCGGCGGUAACCCCAACGGACGCUAUGGGAGUGGCUACCUCCUGGCCAGCACCCCAGAGUCAGAGCUGUGACCCCCGACCAACCCUGCCAGCCUCUCCCCCCCAUGCUCAACCUGCCCUCUCGUCCAGGCCUGGUCUCUUCCCCCAGGUGGCCACCGGCUCAGGCCAGGCCUCUGCCCAAGGAGAGUGAGUCCGCCCUGCCCCGUUUUCCACUUUGGUCCCAGCAGACUCUGCUCCUUUACCCUGAACAGGGGUCUGGGAGCAGCUCUGCCCUCAGUCAAGGCUCCCGACUCAUGUAGCCCUCUGAGAGCCUCCCACCAAGUUGCACCCAUGUAAUCUGAACAACCCGGGAGUCCUGAUCCCCAGCACAAAGGUAUCUCCAAGUCGCCACUGCAGGAGUCACUCCACCUCCCUCUUGCCCUGUAACUUGCCACCUGCGGUUCUUAGGCCUGGGGGUCUCCCUGGUGGGGAGAGGCACUGGGGCUGGGGGAUGGGGAGGUGGGCUUAGGCUCAGUCUGCCAUAGAAUAGGACCCCAGAUCUGGUUGCUUCUGAGCCUAGGGGCUACCUGGCUGAGAGAGGAGGACGGGAACAGAGGUGUCAGGACAUGGGGCUCAGACCUGUGAGGAAGUUGCCUCAAGUUCCGUUUCCUGAUGUGGGUGGUGCCCUCGGCUUGAGCAUGAGCCUUGGUAAGAGAGCUUUGCCCCGGGCUCUGGGUGGAAUCCUCAGUUGUUCCUGCCUGGGGAGGGUGGGGUGUGCCCCUGCCACCCGCCUGGGGGCAGUGACCAACCCAGAACCCUUUCCCACCUCCAUUAAGCCUUAGCCAAAUCCCUGUCCCCAUCCCCACACCCACGGGGUUGUGGUCUCUGCCUCUUUCCUGGAGAGAGAAGGGCAGUGGAGAAGAGGUUUCCAGAGCACAAACUGAGGGUCCCCAGCACAACUGAGAUGGUUCAGAGCACAAUUGUGAAGCACACUCCCCUCCCCCACCUGGGGCCCAAUGUUCUCUCUAGUGGCAGCUUCUCUCCCGGAACAGGGGUCCCUGGAGUUCACGUGCUCUCCCCCAGGCAGCCUCGUUCCUGGGAAAGACAGAUAUUUCACUGCCCCACAGGGCACUCGUUCUCCCCGUUGCACA